AUGGAUACGACAAACGCCAUUGAUGGAGCUUUGGACGGCCAAGAUCUCUCUGUGAACCAUAUGAACACCAAGAUCUCAUCGCGCAACCAGAAAGUCUCACCGCUGCUCCACCUUCCCGCAGAACUCCGCAACAAGAUCUACGAGUAUGUCCUGAGCGACUACAAGAUCCAGGUCGAAUACGUGGAUACAUCCGUCAAAGGCUGUGUGGCCAAGAAUUUCUUGUCUCUCACCACGACCUGUCGCCAAGUUCUCCAGGAGACUCAACUCCUCCCCACUUCACUCAAUGUUAUCGAGGGCUAUUCCCAGGAUCUACUGAUAUUCCUCGCCGGCGACGUCCUCGACAACACACGUCUCGAGGCUAUCACCAAGAUCUCCAUCAUCUUCAAAUUCCCAGGCUUCUAUGACCCCCCGGAGUAUCACGGCGCGGUCAAAUCUCAACUCCGAGAUCUUCUCCAGAAGUUGGGCGGAAUGCCUAAUAUCAGUCGCGUUACGAUUGGGUGCCAGAUGACGGCUGAAGAGUUCGAGAAGCGGGCUGGAAUGAGGUCUGGACUUCUAGCUCAUGCGCAGUCAGUUCUGGGUGAACAGUCAGGUGGUAAGCAGAUUGACGUCGCUGUCUAUCACGACUCCUCGUUCUCAACCUCGACCUCAACUUUCUUCGAGUACGGAUUGAUUUUGAGCCAGUUCCUGAUCUGGACAGUAUACAUUUGGGAGGUGCCUGAACUGCGCAAUACAAUAUACAACCUCGUCCUCGGCGACUGGGAAUUCCGCCUCCGAAUCACCCCCGCCCCAUAUGAAUUCUCCUGCCGUCUCAAGGGAAGCAACAUCUCCGGCUGGCACGCUCAAACGCGCCCAGGAUUCGCUCUACUAAAAGUCUGCCGCCAGAUCAAUGCCGAGACGCGAAUCUUGCCGGCCCAGCUCAGUGGUUUUUUCAUAGACGCGUGGCGCUCGCCGCUGCUGCCUGUUUUGCACCAGAUACUGCCUGUACAUCUGAUUGGUGCGAUUAGGCAUAUGCGCUUCAUGUUGAUGGCGGGUCAUGACGAGGCGUAUAUGAUGGAGGCGGUGGAAAGCAUCAUGGAGGGAUUGCGAGGCUUCAAGGGAUUGAGACGGCUUGAUAUCAAGUUCCGCGUAGGGGCGAGCCUGGAGUGCAAGGAGCGAUUUAUUACUUAUAUCAAGGACUGGAAGACGGAAGAGAGUUUGCUCGAGUGCGUGUUGUUUGGGGGCACAAAGUACGGGGACUGGCAUGAUGUGGAGAAAUGGGCAGUGUGA